AAAGAAAGAUAGCUAGUGUAAAAUGACUUUUAAAAUAGCUGUAUGUGGAUCACAUUUUGCAGAUAUCGAUGAAUGCAUCGAGUGGACCUUCAAUUGUUCGGUCUCGCUGCGAUGUGAGAAUACCAUUGGAUCCUACAAUUGUAGAUGUCAGGAAGGCUUAUAUUGGAUUGACAACAGAUGCCGUGAACUUUCAACUGGAGAGAAGAAACCAACCCCUAAACCUCCACCAAUGCCACCAACGCCCUCCAAGGAAAAUCUUCGYAAUUCUGUUAACGUUACAAUCAAAGAAUUCAACAUUUCAGAGUGGACUCUACAACUCGAUCUUGUGUUUAAAAAGGGUGUUGCGCGUGAAGCUACGACAUUUUGCGCAAAGAAUAACAUUUGUCUUCUACCGAAAGGACGCAAAAGACGCUCAAACGCGUUCAUUACCUUCACUUCAAACGAUGUAAACCUUGUUGGUUUUCCAAUACAACUGGCCAAUGCACCAUCUGGCAGCAUGAACGCUCUUGUAGCAUUUUACGUCAAAUUUCCACCCGGAGUCUCUUCAAAUCUUAGUGACUCUAUUGACGGUGCUAUACUCGUCGAUAUCAUAAAUGGUUCACUUGGUAAUAUCGGCAAAGACAUCGGAAAGACCUUGCUGUCCGUAUCAAGAUACCAGACUCAAACUUCAGUUACCACAGAGUCUCCAGUAACGACGUCUUCUGGAUUUUUCCCUGAAGAUAAUACCUCACUUGUUUAUAUAAUUGGUGGAUUAGUUGGUGGAACAAUUGUUCUUAUUUUACUAUUGGGUCUUAUUAUAAGGUUGGUGAAAUGCAAAAUGUUAGUUCAGUUAUCAUACWAAKAUUGUYAUAAGGAAGCGAAAUCAGAACAGAUAUUAUAG